AUGCCUCCAAUCUACUAUCUCAACCCACCACCGAAUCCCUUCUGGGACUUCGUUGCCAGCCUGGAAGACCAUCCAUUCUUUGGUCCUCGCGGACGCCCUGUGCCCCCCACUCCACCACCGCAACCACCUCGAUCAGGCACUCAGGAGCAACCCACCCCAGGCCCGAGUGAGAAAACAAAGGGCAAGCAAACCGAAGCGGCCAGCGCUGAUGACCCGCCAGAGGUUGACCCUUCCACUCUCCGAGGCGAAGGCGCCAAGGAAGUACCAUUCCGUGGCCGUGGCCGCUUCGGAAAUGCCUUCAACAACGACAAGGACGACAAGGAGAAGGACGACGGCAGCGACGGAGAUAAGUGUCGGAGACGGGGCGGCCCUGGUUGUCACGGAAAACGAGGCUGGCACCGAGGAGGGCCUGGCGCAUUUGGCCCCCCUCCAUUUGCAUUCGGGCCACCUUGGGCCCGACACGGCCAUCCAGGACCAGGAGACUUCCCUGAAGGUAGAGGUGGCCCUUGGGGGCGUGGAUGGGGUCCUCGCGGUCGAGGCGGCCCUCACCAUCAUCACCACCAUGGCCGCCACGGGCACGACUCACCAUCGCCACCACGUGGAGGCUUUGAUUUGAGCACCUUCUUGAACAAUUUGGGCGAGCGCAUCGGCAUCGACUUGAGUGCUGCAGCAGAAGGACUUGGCCUUGAGGUCGACCGCUUCAAGUCUGGCCGCACAGGCGCCGAUGUCGACUUCGAACCACGAACCGAUAUCUUUGAAAACACCGAAAAAUACACCAUCCACCUGUCCCUCCCUGGAGCCAAGAAGUCAGACGUUGGUGUUGACUGGGAUGGAGAACAGUCUGUCUUGCGCAUCGCUGGUGUGGUCCACCGCCCAGGCGUCGACGAGGCAAUGAUGCGUCAACUGUCGGUCGACGGCCGCAAGCGCGAAACAGGCGUCUUUGAGAAAACCAUCCGCCUCGGCACCAGGAAGGAUCCUGCCAGUGUCGAUAUUGCAGGCAUCACGGCCAAGAUGGUGGACGGUGUGCUCGUCAUCGUCGUCCCCAAGGUCGAAAGACACUUCGAGAAGAAGGAAGUCCGCGUGGACGGCUCACCUGAGCUCCCAGUCGAACAACCCGAAGACGCGUACAUGCACGAAGAUGACCUCCUUUUCGACGCCGAGGAGGGCAGAGAAGAAGGCGCCACACAUGCUGAAUCCACCGUCCCGCAUCCUCCAACACCCCCUAAAGCCUCCUUCGGCGGCGAGUCGACCGCCGCCCCCGCAUCCAAGGCGAAGCGGCAUGAAGCUGAGCAGGAGCGCGCCAGAUCCGAGACCGUCGAUUUCGAACAUCCUAACACGACGGUAGAGACUUUGCCCAAGUACGAAAAGGAGGAUAGCUUGAGCCAUAACCCCUCGCACGAGGAGGAUAUGAGUGAUUGGGAAAAGCCUGGAUCCGAGGAUGAGGGCGACUACGUCAAGAUCAACGUCGACUGA